UCCACCAAGCAAGUUCGAUGGCCAUAAACUAGGCUAGUUCCACUCAGGAAACCGCUCCAGAAAUGCGCCCAGGGGGCGGCUGUCCACACCACGGCAGCCUCUCCGGUCUCCCCCCGUCAGGUCGUCUCGGCUCGUCCUGGUCGGCCCCAUUAAACCCCUUCCCUUCUCUUCUCCUCCCUCGUCGGCUCGCGCGUUGCUUUCAAACAGACGGAAGAAGGAUAGCCCAAACCGCAGCUUUGGAAUCCACUCCGGUCCAGUCAUCCACCACCAUCGCCCGCCUCGUUCUCAUCGGCAGCCCGGCCGUCGGUGGCAGAACGGAGCCUCCCAAUUUAAGGCUUCAAGCUCCAAUCCGGGGGGAUUCAAACAGUGCAAUUCUGCUAAGCUUCGGCCGCUGGUGAGUUUUGAGCUUGAUUUUCUUGGGAUAUGGGGGAGGGCGUGAAGGCGCUGCUGGCGAAGCCGAUCAAGCUGGCGGACCAGGUGGCCAAGCAGUCGGGCUCCGGCCAGUGCCUCCGGCCCGAGUGCAAGGAGCUGCGCGCGCGGGCGGAGAAGCUCGCGGAGGUGCUGCGGCAGGCGGCGCGGGCCGACCUCUACGAGCGCCCCGCCGAGCGCAUCGUGGCCGGCACCCUGCAGGCGCUGGCCAAGGCCGGCGGCAUGUCGGCCAGGUGCUUUGAGAGCCACUCCCGCCUCCGCCGCUUCCUCACCUUCAACCCCGUCUCCGGCUUCCCGCGCACCCUCGCGCUGCUCGACACCGCCAUCGAGGACGUCGCCUGGCUCAUCCGCAUCUCCUCCCCGCGCGCCGACGCCGACGCCAACGGCAACGGCGCCCACGACGACGACGACGACCUGCGCGGCCUCCCCAACAUCGCGCAGAACGAGCCCAUACUCUUCCUCAUCUGGGACCACAUCGCGCGCCUCCACACCGGCAGCCUCGCCGUGCGGGCCGACUCCGCCUCCACCCUCGCCUCCCUCGCCCGGGACAACCCCCACUUCUCCAAGCUCAUCGUCGAGGAGGACGGCAUCGCGCCCCUCGUCAAGCUGCUCAAAGAAGGGACCGACGACGGCCAGGAGGCGGCCGCCACGGCGCUCGGGUUCCUUGGGCGCGACGAGGGGAGCGUGGAGAAGCUUCUCCAUGCCGGGGUCUGCUCCGUCUACUCCGCCGCGUUGAAGGAGCCGCCGAUGCGCGUGCAGGCCGCGGCCGCCGAGGCCAUCGCGUCGCUGGCGCACCAGAGCCCGAGAUGCCAGGACUUGUUCGCGCAGAACAACGCCGUCCGGCACCUCGUCGGCCACCUCGCCGCCGGAACCAUCCAAGAGCACAGCAGGUACUCUGUCGGAGGAAGCAGCACCCGGCACGCUGCACCUCCUCCGCCGGAGCACAUGAGGUCGCUUCACUCUGUCGUGCUCGCCAGCACACCCAGCAUGCUCCCAGGAAUCUCUGGUCACUCCGCCAACGAACCGUCGAGCUCGUCGGAAGGCUCGAACGGACGCAACAACCAGAUGCACUCCGCUGCAGCCGGCAGGACAACGACGAGCCGGGUCACGGCUCCACCACCCAGUAGGCCCCAGCUGAGCUCGAACGGCUCGAACGGCCGUGGACCGCGCGAGACCGAGGACCCGGCCACCAAGGCGCACAUGAAGGCCAUGGCGGCGAAGGCCCUCUGGAAGCUUGCCCGCGGCCACCCGGGAGUCUGCAAGAGCAUAACAGAGUCCCGCGCGCUCCUCUGCUUCGCCAGGCUGCUCGAGAAGGGCGACGACGGCGCAGGCACGCACCUGCAGUACUACUCCGCCAUGGCGAUCAUGGAGAUCACCCGCGUCGCCGAGCACAAGCUCGCGCUACGGCAGUCGGCAUUCAAGCCCAGCUCGCCGCCGGCCAAGGCCGUGGCGGAGCAGCUGCUCUGCAUUGUGCGCAGGGGGGAGUACGACGACCCGCUGCUGCUCCCGUGCAUCACCUCGCUGGGCUGCCUGUCGCGCACCUUCACGGCGAGCGAGACGCGCGUGAUCGGCCCGCUGGUGCGGCUGCUCGACGACCGCGAGCCCCCGGUGGCCAAGGAGGCCAUCGUGGCGCUCACCAAGUUCGCGUGCACGGAGAACCACCUGCACGUGAACCACUGCAGGGCCAUCGUGGACGAGGGCGGGGCGCGGCACCUGGUCCAGCUCGUGUACCUCGGGGACGAGCUGCAGAUCGAGGCGCUCAUACUGCUCUGCUACAUCGCGCUGCAUGUGCCGGAGAGCGAGGAGGUGGCGCAGGCCGGGGUGCUCGCCGUGCUCCUGUGGGCGUCGAAGCAGCCGCAGUUGGUGCAGGACCUGCGCGUCGAGCGACUGCUGCCGGACGCCAAGGCCCGGUUAGAUCUCUUCCAGUCCAGGGGGUCGAUCAUCUAGAUCUAGGUGACACUGUGAUGAUGAUUCUUCCUGCACUGAAGUAUAUUUGCCUAGAUUUAUGUCGGCCAUUCUUUGCUGAUUCCAGAUUCCAGAUUCAAUUGCUUUGCUUUGGUAGAGUGUACAUAGCAUAUGCUUCUGUUUGCCUUGAAGGGCAUGUACAUGCAGUGUAGACUUGUUCUUGUGGCAUUUAUGCUGACCAUUAUAUGAACGAAACUGCAAAUUGGACAA